AUGAUUAGGAUUUGGGACACUCGAUGGCUGUUUAUCGAUGCGAAAGGGCUUCUCAAGAAACUCAUGCCGAUGAUCGAGUUUGGCACUACGGCUGCCAGUCUGACCCUCGUCCAUCAAAGCUUAAAAACAAUUUUCGAAGAGCGGCCGAAGCGGCUGAAGCUCAAGCCAGAGCAAAAAGUUGCCAAAGAAGAGUUCGGGCUCUUUUGGAUCCACCCCUUCUGGGUCUGA